CUAAAGAGGAAGACGCGGGCGAGAAAGAAAAACUUUUUCCAUCGUCCUGCGGGUUUCUGCAGCCGUAUUCCGAAGCCAAGGAAGGAGCCUUUGUUGAAGAGAUGGCGAUGGGUCUGGGCCCUCUCUUGUUGAUCUUCAUGCUGAGUCUGGGUCUGACCCCAGAAACCCUGGCUCAAGUUAACAGAUACAGACACUUCCUGGACCAACACUAUGAUCCCAGGCCGCAAGGCCGGAAUGACAGAUACUGUAACAACAGGAUGAGGAGACAAGGCCUGACCUCGCCCUGCAAAGACACCAACACCUUUAUUCAUGGCACUGGAAGAAGCAUCAGGGACAUCUGUGGAGAUGAGAGUGGAAGCCCUUAUGAAGGAAAUUUAAGAAUAAGCAACUCUGCUUUCCAGAUUACCACUUGCAGGCUUAUAGGGGGUUCUUCCCGGCCCCCCUGCCGGUACAGGGCCCACAGUGGGUAUAGAAACAUUGUCAUUGGCUGUGAAGACGGACUGCCUGUCCACUUCGAUGAGUCCUUUAUCCGUCCCUGACCUCCAGGUCGCUGGCCUAGGGAUGACUGCUCUACUGCCCUUGCAUUUCCUACUUCCCUAGACUGCCGGGCCCAGAAUGCAAGCGCCCGGCACCUUCUGCUCCUGCUUUACAUUAUGUUUAAUGAAUAAAAGUCUCUGA